GACAUUACGUCUCGACAUGAACGCAGCACCGGGCCUGCGGCUGGUCUUCGGUUCUCCUCGGUUCCAUCGGCUCGUGUUUCAGCGGCUAGAAACGGUGACAGCGGGCAGGUGUUUGUCCAGUUCCGGUUUUCGGUGACGGCGGCUGUUUGUUUGAUGUGAAUUAGCUUUAAAAACGUGAGUCGGUUCGUGAUGUGGAGCCACCGGAGCAGCAGCAGCUCACCGGCCGGCUACAACCCCAACAACAAGGCGUCUUUCUGCUGCUAAUAUGCAGCUGUUGUCCUGCGGACCGGAGGCUGUGUUUGUUUCCUGUCGGGGCGUUUACUGAGCUGCUUAGAGCUGCCGUUUGUUGUGGUGAAGAGAGGAGGAAGAAGCAGCAGCGACGUCCCGAGGAGGAGCGUCGUCCUGCUGGUGUUUUAUUAGGAAGCAGCAGCAGCAGCAACAACACAGGGACUCCGACCUGACACGGACAAGAGGCAACAUGUUUGAGACCAGAGGACUCCCCUUCGUGCUGCUGGAUAUAGUCUGCCUGGUCCUGGCUGGACUCCCAUUUGCAAUACUCACAUCACAGCACAGGCCUUUCCGCCGGGGCUUUUUCUGUAAUGAUGAUACGAUCAAGUUCCCCUAUAAAGAGGACACCAUUUCCUAUCAGUUAUUAGGAGGUGUUAUGAUUCCCGUCACAGUACUCGCUAUGAUCUUUGGCGAGUGCCUUUUAGUUUAUCUAAACCGCCUCAAAUCCAAGUCGUCAUUCGGCAGCUACGUUGCCUGCGUUUACAAAGCUGUCGGCACUUUCCUUUUCGGCGCCGCGAUGAGCCAGUCUCUGACAGACAUCGCCAAGUAUUCCAUCGGCCGCCUCAGGCCACACUUCCUGGAUGUGUGCAGACCUGACUGGAAAACCAUCAACUGCUCAUCAGGGGCGUAUAUCGAAAACUUCAUCUGCCAGGGAGACUCAAAGAUGGUCAACGAGGGCAGGUUGUCCUUCUACUCUGGCCACUCGUCUUUUUCCAUGUACUGCAUGCUGUUCCUCGCGCUCUACCUGCAGGCUCGUCUCCAGGCCGACUGGGCGCGACUGCUCAGACCGACCCUCCAGUUCUUCCUGAUUGCUGCCUCAGUGUACACAGGACUUUCUAGAGUAUCCGAUUAUAAACAUCACUGGAGCGACGUGCUGACCGGACUCUUGCAGGGUGCCCUCAUGGCGAUACUGGUGGUCUUCUUCGUGUCGCCGUUUUUCAAAUCGCCUGCAGUUUCUCGUAAAGAGCAGGACAUCCCCCACACAACCCUGCAGGAGACACCAACGAAAGGAAACCACUUUGAGAGUUCCAACUAAGCUAAGCGAGCGGCAGCGGUGACCUCUGCUCUGUCUAAACGCACACCGAGGAUCCCAGCUCUCUAGCCUUUCAUCUCCCGCUAAUAUUCAUCCGUUACCCUGCAUGGAUUUACACUAUGAAGUACUUGAUUAUAUUUCAAGUGAACUGUUGGAUGUUUUAACAUCCCAGAAGAAACUCUUGGAACCACACCAGGCCUAAUUCUGAGACUUUGUAAUUUUGCUGUCUUGUCCGCCAGUUCCCAGCCUGGAGGGAAAGUGGUGAGACGCCCCGCCGACCCCGUAGAUACGCUGAACGACUGAAGCAGAUGAAGGUUAGAGGCUAGAGAUUCUGAACAGAUGGAAACCAGUUAGCAUGUAUCGAUCUACUGAGCUGGUGGGAAGGUUUGCCUGCAUGCGCCCACUAAAGGGUCUGACCACUGCUGGGAGGGAGGACGGGUGGAAACCUGUGAAUGUAUCCUGCUUAGUGCUUUUCCUCACAUGGAGGAUCUGAUUCAGGGUCAGUUUUAUCUCCACCACAUAGAGACAUCUGAGACUUUGCUGCUGUAGGUCCAGUGUUGAUUAAAGGGCUUGUUUCUUACAGCUAGAAUGUGCUGGAGGUAAAGCUGAUCCAGGACGCUGCAGUCUUACUCUCCAGCUGUCCAACCAAAUAUUCUAAUCAGGAUGUUUGAUUUGUAACUUGGUUGGUUAGAGUGUUGGAGAGUAGACUAUCAGUUUGAAGGGACAGUUUGGAUUCUUUGAAGUUUGAUUGUAUGAGGUUCUUGUCCGUAGUCACUGUUUCACCUUCCAGUUUGGAGAAACAUCCAGAAGGACCAACGCUAAAGCUAAGCAGUUUACAGCUGUGGACGGGGUCAUCAAAACAUAGUUUAGCUCCCUAAAAAAAAUUAGUAUUAGUUUAAGGUUGUAUUUAGAGAGUUUCCCUGCUUUCCUUUGUUGUCAGACAGCCCUUUUCAGCAGGGAACUGAUUCAGUUUAUCGCUCUCUUCAAAGCACCAGACUUCAUUGACAAAACUGUCAUUUUAUUGUAGUUGUGAUCAGAACUAAUGUGUUUAAACACAGCAAAAGGACAAAUCACACAUAAACCCUCCUGUUGUCCUCAUUUACAGGCACCAAAAAAUACUGUUUCCUUGUCUGAAAAAAAAAAAAAAAAAAAAUCAAAAAAUUCAGCAAAUAAAUUCCGCAAAUUUGCAAAACCGUCCGGAAGAAAAUUCAAAAAAAUUCCUUAAAAUUUCCUGUACAUAUUUUCAAAAAAUGAGUAAAAAUCUUCAAAUAAAUCCUAAAAAUUUCUAAAGUGAUUACAUAUAUAUCAGUAAAACUUCUAACAUUUUCUUUAAAAAAAAAUCUACCAAAAUCCAGUGAAAUUUCACUGGAUUUUGGUUGAUUUUCUUGGUGAAUGUUUUUAAACAUUUCUAACAUUUUUUUUCCACUAAAAAAAAUGUUAAAAAUUUCCACAAAAUGUUGAAAAUGUGGACAUCAGAAGUUUCACUGUGAAAAUAUUGUUUUUUAUCCACAAUUUUAAACUUUAAAAUGGGUCCAUUUGACCUGCAGGACAACUCGAGGGUUAAUUACCAGCAACUUCUGUGUUCUUUGCGAUAAAAACACAUUUUGUCAAAGGAGUCUGGUGGCUCUGAAGAGAGCGAAGGAACUGCUUCAGGUGCUCAUCAAGAAGAGCUGUCUGACAGCAAGGUAAAGCAGUGAAAAUACUCUACAUUUAAGCUAAUAAUGUACUUUUUUGCUGACCCAGUCAACAGCAGUACACUGCUAAGCUUCUAGCAGGUUCUACUGUCUGCCUCUUCAGACUGGAGGAACACCAGCCACCAUCUGCUGGAGGUAAUAAACUACAGGUACGAACCUCCAACACUUCAAACCAUCCAAUCUCUGCCUUUAAGUCCCGUGUUGCCUUUGCUGGACUGCUACUGCUGCUAUCACAGCUCCCUGUGUAUCAAAUGUAAACAUUAAGUGAACAACGAUGUGCUUUUAUAUAAUCUGUAUGUAAACAAAUCACCAUACAGACGUUUAUUGAAAAAAAACAAUGUUAAAAAUAUGUACAAAUGUCUGAAAUAAGGAAAAAUAAAGCCAUUUUACUUACUAACCUUAACACCAGUGAAACAUAGGUGUGAUGUAUUGUGUCAGAUAAAAUGAAAGCAUGCCAGAUUUGUGAGUUUGUCAUUAUGCAUUGUUUUGCUCAUGUAAGCAAAAAGCAAAAUAAAAACCUGAAUGUUCAA